AUGUCUGGGCUAUUGAAAUCUGCGAAAUCCAUUGUUCCAUUGCUUGAUCGUGUGCUUGUCCAGCGUGUCAAAGCUGAGGCAAAAACCGCCUCUGGGUUGUACUUGCCAGAAAAGAACGUGGAAAAGUUAAACCAAGGUAAAGUCUUGGCCGUCGGACCGGGUUUCACUGAUGCUAAUGGCAACAAGGUGACUCCUCAGGUCAAGGUUGGGGAUAAUGUCUUGAUUCCACAGUAUGGGGGUUCCGCCAUCAAAUUGGCUGGCGAUGAAGAAGUAAUCCUCUUCAGAGACUCUGAGAUCUUGGCCAAGAUCAAUCCAGAUGUGUGA